CUCACCCCAGCUAUCAUCUUAGGUACAGCUGCAAUUUUACCAAGAAGAUGCUCUUCUUCAUCGCCACCUACCCGCAAAAUUAAGGAAAACCUCACAACAAAUGAAAUGUACUCUGACGCAAAAGAAAUAUCUCAAAGUCUAGCUUGAAUUGUCAAAAUUUAAAUCACACGCUCUUUAGAAAUAUCAAGACUCAACCAUGUCCAAGGAUGACACCUGCAAAGUCACGUCAGCCAGCAAACACAAGGAGCGCAAGCCAAAGAAGCCUCACUACAUCCCCCGGCCGUGGGGCAAACCCUACAACUACAAGUGCUUCCAGUGCCCCUUCACCUGCAUGGAGAAGUCUCACCUGUACAACCAUAUGAAGUACAGCCUGUGCAAGAACUCCCUGUCCCUGCUUAUAGAGUCAGAUUGGCCGUAUAAAAAGGGCAACAUCCUGCACCCAGAGCAGCUCCGGCCCUUUCAGCAGGCCCACGGCCUGCACGCUCCCGGAAAGGAUGAGCUAGAGCAGGUGAUUCGCACUGAGGAAAGGCAGGGUCAGAGGAGGUCUGCGGAGGAGGAUGGCGAGGGCAGAGACAGCCAGGGACCAGAAGAUGAAGAGGGGCGAGGAGAGGGAGUAGUAGAGAUCGCUGGGCUGAUCAAAGAAAGCUCCGGUGAUAGCGACAGAGGUGAAGCAGCAGAAAGCACUAGGAAGAAAACCAAACAGCCAGAUUCAGAGCUUGAUGACAUGCUCUCCCUCGAAGAUCAGUUUUUACGCGCCCGCUCUGUGGAGGUAGAGGCCCAACUGAGACAUUAUAAGCUAUCAAAGACAUGCCUAACAGCUCCCGGGUUGCUGUCGGAGCAGUGGCGGCUGCUGGCAUCCAGCCACACUAAGGCCAAAGCUGAAGGUCCUCAGCCUCGAGUGAAUAAUUCAAUCCCCUGUUACCCCCCACCACCAAACCUGGUGGAUUACCAGGACCCCACUGGGCUUAACCUUUCGGUGCUUGGGGUAGGUUAUCCUAUCAGCCCUGGCAUUUUCUCCUACAUGAACUCAGCUAUUCCCACCGCAGCCUCCGGUGUCACGGCCCAGACCCACGCACAGCUCGCCCAGCUCCCCUUCCUGGCCUCAGCCGCUCAGCUGAUACACCCAGCCUCCAGCGCACACGCAGAUCGAGCUCUCAUCCCCCCUCGACUAUACUACCCCUUCCUGUGCGAGCACACAUUCGGACAGGCAUCCAGUCAGAGCGACGCAAGCAAGCCUCUCAAGACAUCAACAAACACGCUAGAAGCAAGUCCUCUGUCCAGCUUCCAGCCCAAAGUCAAUCUGUGGAAAGUGCCUGCUGUGAGGCCGGGAUCUACCAUCACUCCCGCUGGCUGGGUGUCACCUCAGAGAGACUCACCCGAUCAGGGCUACAGGUUGGGGGAUAAACUGCAGGCUGCAGCCAAGGAAGGCAGAGCAAGCUGGGGUCUGAAGAGGGCAGGAGCUCCUUUAAGAAACCAAGAGGCCCCUGCAGAGAAGAAGCCAAACUUGGGCUUGACUUUAGACCUUCUGAAAAAUAUUCAAACUGCAUCGACUCUUAAUGUGGGGACAGACAAACUUCUCUUCUCUUCGGACAGUUUGCAGGAUGCUCAUGUUCAAGGUCGGCCCACUGAAUUGUGGUACAACGAUCCUCUCAUCAGCCCCACCAGCGAAACAUCCUCUCUGUCAACCUGUGGAAGACCCAACAGCCAGGACUCAGCUGCCGCCAGGACAAUUGGGGCGUCUGAGUCAGUCGCUGCUCUGCUCGGUGACCUCUCCAAGGCACUGCAGGAGUACCACGAGGCCGAGCGCAAAAUCUCCCACCUAGAGAAGGAAGACCUUCCUGCCCAGAGACAUCUGUGGGAGCACCUUAACAAAAUCCGCAGCGAGCUUUCUCACAUUCACCAGGCUUUGGAGCGAACAGCUCGCCAGAGCGACGGGCCUCUCGACCUGUCGGUAAAGAGGGACUCAACGGAGUCGGUUGGCGAUCAGAGCAGGAGGGAAGAUGGGGGUCUUAAGGAAAACGCAACUGAGACAGAGGAGGAGGACGAGGAGCUGAUAGAGAGAAGAGAGGACGAGGAGGACGAGAGCGAGAGGAAGGUGAUAAGGGCUUCACUUGAGAGUCGUAAACAGUCGCUGGACAUGCUGAUCAAGAUGAGUCAGGCGUCAGUGGUGAACACGGAGGUCCUCUCUCCUGGUGGCCUUGGCCUGAGGCCCAGUCCUGCUGAGGCUCUGUGGGCAAGCAGAACCACCAAGUGUGAGGCAGACUCCAGCGUCCUGCUCUGCCCCGACGGCCGAUCAGUAGUGUUCACCGACAUCCCCUCCUCUGCCAAACCCCCAAAGAGACCCCCAUCCAUACAGCGACUCGAAGCCCACUGUCCCCCAAGCCCUUUAACAGCUACCGACAACUGA